GGAUCACUAACCACCCUAUCUGAAAUAGUAGAGAUGUGAACCGUCAACCGAAGACUGCGGAAUGACACGGACUCACGAUCACAUACGCGACGUCGACGCCGGCAUCGACGCCGAUUCUCACAAUGUUUACUUUACGAAAACCAAAACAAAUUGGCGAGCUUACAAUUUCUACAAAUUGAUUAUUUCUGCUUCAGAAGGAAAAAAUACCGAUUACUUCCUUAUUUCUGGAUCUGGAAUACCAUUACUGACAAGUGUACCGAAACCACUUUCAGGGAAAGAAUCGAACACGAAAGCAAAAGAACGAGCGAUGUUAUUUCGAUCUUUGCUUGGCUGGAGCAAUCUUUCUAGAUGGACGAUGGUCCCGUCCCGGUUUCCCUACCGGUUGUUUGCCGGUCAGACUUGGGUUGAUAAUGUUACUCGAUGGUUACAAAACACAGGACUUGUCGCUGUCGACGUUGGUGUUAUCCAUCGGAGAAUUAAUUUAUUGGGAAAACUAUGCAUUCAAGUGAUGAGUUGUAACCGUGCUAGUGCCGCGAAAUAAAUCUACCCUGGUUUGAGGUGGGCCGCGGGCCACACCCCCAGGGAUUUUCCUUGCUUGUCUUCCAGUUCGUAUGA